AUGUCGAAUGCAGACGUCCGCCAAUAUGGGGCAAACGUCGGGGUGUCAUACCUCGCUGGCUACAUCUUCCUGUCUUAUGUGGUCAGUGUGAUGGGAUGCACUACCACGUUGGAACUUCUCCAUCGACGGACCUCAAGGGCUGGUUUGUAUAACUGGUAUCUUCUACUCACGUCCUCAAUCACCAUGGGUGGCAUCGGCAUUUGGUGCAUGCAUUUUAUUGGAAACCGAGCGAUUGUGCUGGGCGAUGGGGAACCUAAUAUCCAGAUCCUUUACAGCAUGACCUUCACCGGCGUCUCCUUCGUAUUACCCGUGAUCGUUCUUCUCACAGCCUUCUACGCCAUCGGUGCCAGCGAGAAAGCCGGAUACCUCCGAAUCCUGACGGGCGGCAUACUGACGGGCAGUUCGGUCUGUGGUAUGCAUUAUGUCGGUCAACUUGGUAUUGCCAACUACAGAUGCUCUUAUGCCGCUGGGAAUGUCGCCGGUUCUGCCAUCAUCGCCGUUUUCGCCAGCACAGCCGCGCUUGGUGUUUUCUUCCGAUGGAGAGCGACCUGGACUGAUAGUUGGUGGAGACGAGGGCUAUGUGGAUGUUUUCUUGCUGCUGCCGUCUCGGGCAUGCACUGGACGGCCGCAGUGGGUACGACGUACAAGGAACACGACGAAAGCAUGAGACAUGGUGGGCAGUUAUCUCGAAGCCAGACCGUCAUCAUCUGCUCCGUUCUGGCCUGCGCUGCUUGCGGAGUGUUGUCCGCUUGUGCCAUCGCUGCUGGUGGAAGUCACAGGCGAUCGAGAUCCCGGGCUCAACAGUUGGUUUUGACCUGUGCUUUCUUCGAUCCUGAAGGCCGAGUCAUGGUGACGCCGCACGCCCAUCUCCCUAGUCGGAAGAUCGUCGACCGCUACAUUGGUAGAACAUUCAAUGACGAUGAUCUGACCCGAACCCACCCCGCCUUUCUCUGGGCCUUCCGAGCGAGUAGGAACUGGGGGUUGGUCAAGGAUGUCAUUCCUUUCAUGAGAGGUCGUAUCGAAUCGGACGAGGCGAUGAUGGAACACUACAUUUCCAAGGGCGUUGUCUCCGAUCAGGACACGGAACUGCAGUCCAACUUCGACGAUUUGUUCAAGCGCCACUUCUGCGUGGCUGCCCAGGAUCUUGCCGAUGAAGUCCGACAACCGUUGCCGGCUCUGGGUAUGCUCUACGACGAUGUCUUGGCUACUACUGCCCCGUACUCGCGCUUCUCGCGUGCCAUGGGAUACUCACGGCUGCGGGCCGGCAAGGGUCAGUUGCUGUUCACAGUGCGUCAGCUUAAGAAGCAGGAAGCCACUCGCAUGGCCUCGGCAGGCUUUCGGUUCACCACAAUCGAGAACGUUACUUCGAUCAUGGCUCGCCGCAUGCACGUUCCUACCAGCGCUUUGGGCGGUCAUCUACGCGAUAUGCGCGACUAUGCUACUUCCAGUCGAAACUACGAGCCGGGAGUUCAUCUCAUUUCUUUCGUCAUGCGUCCUACGAUCCAUGAUCACUUCGAGGUUCUCACCGCGAAAGGUAUCGGGAAUCCACUGCCGUCGGUGUCCUUACCGACCAAACGACUUCAAAUCCACCACCUAGAAUUGAUCGCGCAUAUGGAAGGAUGGGCCAUCUCGACGUGCUUAGAUUGGUUGAAAUCUGAUACCGCCCGGUCAUACAAGGAAGUGGACGAGUUCCGCGAGCAAAUGAUCCGAGCGAUGUCAGAGAUGUCCUCUGCCCUUCCCCCCGAUGUCAACGCCGCGUCCAAGUUCUCAGCGCGUCCUCUGAUCGCGCCCUGCCGCAGUCCAAACAUCGCCGACGGACAGAACUGCGUGCUCCUGCCGUUCUGUGUCGUCGGAUCUCUCGACACGCAGGUUUCCAACCCGGAUUUCACCUUCACGCCCCUCCGACUGUUCCGUGUCCAGCAACAAGUGAACGACGGCGUUGCCGACUCCGGUGGGUUCGCCAAGGAGCUCGGCCAGGAACUCUUCUACUCGAAUGUGCGCACCAGCUCGGCCACUGAAUCCGACAUCACCCAGGUCGCGCCCUCCACUAAAUCCACCCGGCGAUUCUGGCAGCGCAAACAACCCGGAUCCGAAGCCCAGAAUGUUUCGCAAGAGUCUCUUGCCGACAAGACCCUGACCCCGGAGAUCAUGGUCCGCCGAGAAGUGAAGGUCGAUGUCGCUAAGCUGGCGGAGCCCACGGUCGAGUCCACAUUGGGACGACAUGCGUCGCAUACAACUGUGGUUGCCGGUGACAUGGCGUCCAACACAUAUGUCGACGAGCUGUACAACCUGUGCUAUUCUCCGGGCGUGCGCCUACGACCGGACUUUUCCCGUCCUUCGACCCGCCCAUCGACCGUUACUUGA